AUAUUUCAUCCUUCGCUUUGCACAGACCCCUCUGAAGCUUCAGAGACCCACAACAUAACUAAUAGCAGCUUGACAGAGGGUGAGUAUAGUUCAUUAAACCGGUAUAUCGGGAUUUAUGGCAAACAACCAACCGAAUCGACCCGACGAAGUUCGCGAAGAUUAACCGCUGAAGUGAUGUUACCGGAAGCCGGAACUUUUGUGAAGUUUCUUCCGCUUUCAGUUUCUCUCCGGAGCCAUAACAGAGAGGCACACAGUCUUGAGAAGAGGGAAAAGAUAUGGCAGGUUCUAAAUCAGCUUUGGUGCUAUGCAUGGAUGUUGGAUUCUCCAUGUCCAACAAUGCACCGGGUGAAGAGCCUCCCUUUGAGCUUGCCAAAAAAGUCAUCCAGAAGUUUGUCCAGCGUCAGGUGUUUGCAGAGACAAAAGAUGAGCUGGCUUUAGUUCUGUUUGGCACAGACGCCACAAAUAACUCUCUGGCCCAGGAUGACCAGUACCAGAACAUCAGCGUUCAUCGUCACCUCAUGAUGCCGGAUUUUGAGCUUCUGGAAGAAAUAGAGAAUCAGGUCCAUCCAGAGGAUUCACACGCUGACUGGCUGGAUGCUCUCGUUGUCUGCAUGGAUCUCCUACAGAGAGAAAAGAAGGACAAGAAGUUUGAUCGCCUCGUCAUUGCCCUCAUGACCGACCUCAACACCCAGGCAAGCUCUGAGCAACUGGACGUUAUCAUUGAGAAGCUGAAACAAGAGGACAUCACUCUGCAGUUUUUUUUGCCAUUCCCCGCAGAAGAAGAUGAAGAAGAUGAAGAGGGUGGAGGAGGAACAGACAGACGCGGCUCUGGUCAUCCGGGUACAGGAAAAGGACUGACCAGUGAACAGAAGGAUGGUCUAGACAUGGUGAAACACAUCAUGCUUACCCUGGAUGAAGAGGAUGGCCUGGAUGAAAUUUACACAUUCAGGAAUGCGAUUGAACAGCUGUGUAUGUUCAAGCGUAUAGAGAGGAGACCCACCGCCUGGCCCUGUCAGCUGACUAUCGGCACCUCUGUGUCCAUCCGUAUUGUUGGAUACAAAGCAGUGACAGAAGAGAAACUGAAGAAAAUGUGGGUAACAGUUGACGCACAGAGUAACAAGAAAGAUGACGUGAAGAGAGAAACUGUAUACUGCCUGGAUGAUGACAAUGAGACUGAGGUGCAGGCGGAAGAUACCAUACAAGGUUUUCGUUAUGGAAGUGAUAUCGUUCCCUUCUCAAAAGUUGAUCAAGACCAGAUGAAAUACAAGCAUGAUGGAAAGUGCUUCGCUGUUUUAGGCUUCACCAAACAGAGCCUGAUACAACGCCAUCUCUUCAUGGGGAAUCAAGUCAUCAAGAUGUUUUCUGGCAAGGAUGACGAGCAUGCAGCAGUUGCCUUGUCAGCUCUAAUCCGAGCGCUCGACGAGCUUGAAAUGGUUGCCAUUGUACGUUACGCCUAUAAUAGGAUCAGCAACCCUCAAGUAGGAGUGGCGUUUCCUUGCAUCAAGCAGGACUCUGAGUGUUUGAUGUACAUCCAGCUGCCCUUCAUGGAAGACCUCAGACAGUUUACAUUUCCAUCUCUUGAGAACAACAAAAAGUUCACUCCAUCAGAUACCCAGCUGUCGUCUGUGGACUCCCUCAUUGACUCCAUGAUGCUGGUAGAAGAGGAAGAAGGAGAAAAAAAUGACUUGUUCAAGGUCCAUCAGAUUCCCAACCCUGCCUUCCAGAGGCACUUCCAGUGUCUACAUCAUCGGGCCGUGAACCCCAGUACCCCUCUCCCCCCCAUGGAGCCGUGGCUGAAGGCUGCUCUCGAGCGCCCUGAUGUCAUCAAUGAACGUUGCCAGGAUCCUCUGGAGGAGGUGAAGAAGAAGUUUCCUCUCACAGAGGUGGAGAAGAAAAAGAAGCUGAAGACGAGUGCUCAGAUAUUUGGCAAAGAUUCAGAGGAGCCAGAUGCCAAGAAGGCCAAAGGAGAUGAAGAAGAGGAGGAGUAUAACCUGGCUGACAUUGCCGAAGGCUCCGUUACUUCGGUGGGAAGCGUGGAUCCAGCCCGAGAUUUCCGCACUCUGAUCAAGCGGAAGACUCUUCCGUUUGGAGAGGCCUGUCAGCAACUGACUCACAGGAUCGAGCAGUUGCUAAGCAACAAGAACACACACUACUACAUGAAAAGCAUCACCUGCAUUCAGGCUUUUAGGGAACAGUCAGUUAAGCUGGAGAAUGCGGAUCUGUACAAUAGCUACCUCCAAUCCCUGAAAAGAAGCAUCCCGAACAGAGGGCUGGGGGUCUUCUGGGACCUGCUUGUUCAAGAUGCCAUAACUCUGAUCAGCAAGGACGAAGUUGAAGGAAGCACAGUUUCCAAAAGUGAAGCUAAUCAGUUUCUGGUUCCUGAGGAGAAGAAAGAGGAAGCAGCUGCACCACCAACUGAAGAUACAGGAGACCUUGAUGACUUGCUGGACAUGAUGUAAGAAGGGAGGCAAUGGGAGAGUUUGCUGUGGACACACAGAAAUGAGAAGAAUGCAAUCUUUCAGUCCAGCAAGUCCAGACCAGAUCAGCUUCAUUGUUCUACCUCCCACGCAGAGACCCCUGAUAUUUUGUAACUACAUCUAACUGCACAGCACAGAGCUAACAUCAGUACAACUGUUGCAAGUACUGUAAGUCCAGGGCUUAAGGUGGUGUUUGUUUUAAGUGUCAAAUUUCUGUCAUUUUUAUAAAUCUCUCGUUUCAGUUGUAGAUUAACGUGCAUUGUUAACCUUUUUUGACUCCACAAAAUACAGAUGUUCUGUGUCUUAACAGAUUUAUUCAUCAAAAUCAGUAAAGCUCAAUAGUUGUUUACAAACGCUCAACUGAAAGGAUGUUUUUUGUAUAAAAGAUUCAAGCUGAAUACAGUUUUCCUGACUAGUGCAUUAAAGUGGAUGCUGUGAUUUGA